CUUUUAUUCUAUUCGUAAACAAUGACUGCAACAAGCGAAACUGAUGAAAAAAUAACUUUAACGCUUUUAAAUGGCACUGGAUAUGUUUUUAACGUGAACGACUACAUUACAUUGCGACGGAAGCACCGUGUUGUGGGCGCGCUGGUGGGCACGUGCAGCAUCCGAGGCUGGUCGGCGAAUGAUUGCACUUUACCACUGGAGCUAACGCCGCACGAGACACGCUUUCUGGUGGAGCGAGGCAUUGCUCAACUAGUUUCCAAGCAAGAAUCUUUACUGCGGGUACCAGAAGCUAGCGAGCUUGUUCAGUAUCAUGAGCAGUUGGAAGCAGGCUUCACUGCACAGGCGGAGACAUUAAAAGCUCUAAAGUUGCGAGAGACGGAACGCAACAUAAGCAAUGUACUGGCUGGGAAGCGAAAAAAGCUAUUAAGAGAAGGAGUAGCGGAAGCUGAUAUUAAACUAGAUGCUGCGCAGAUACUACAAGAAAUAGCCGAUAAUUUCGUUUUUGAUCGCAGAAAUGCGCAACUGGAAAUUGCUUGCGCUCAUCCACAGCCACAUGCAAAUAAAACCGUGGAGCCGCCUUCUAUUGAGAAUCCCCUCAAAUAUCAAGUAUUUAGCGAGUUUUGGACAC